AUGAGUGCGCCUCCGUCCGGCUUGCCCAACGGGCGAAACCCGCCUUCCAAGGGCCCUGCGCCUUUGCGACGAAAGCCACGCCCAGCCGAUCCGCUUGUUGCGCGCAAGAAGCCGAUUGUACGGCCCCAACCCGGCCGGGGUCAGGCACAGAAUGCUCAGGGGGGGCCCAGCUCGCGCCCGCAGGGAGCAAUGUCUCUCUUAGAAAAGGAGGAGCAGAAGCGCAAUGCUUUCGAGCUCCAGCGAAGGCAGAAUGGAGGCUGGACCGAUCCUAUGCCCCCGCAAGCUCAUGACUAUCCGCUCGUGACCACAAAGCGCGAGCUUAGAGAGGGCAUACGCUAUCACGUCAUGCGCCUUGCUAGUGCCAAGGCGAACCGUGCUGGCGAAGAGGAAAAGGACAUUGACCCGACCAACCAGGACGAGUUCACGCGUCCCGUCUCCCUACAUCGACGCGACCCAAGGCAGCCUGCACCGGGCAGAGUAGUCAAGGAGAAGACACCCACACCUCCGCCCCCAACAGUGGAUGAGAAGGAGGCCGAGCGUCUCGCCCAGAUCAAGGCCGAGCGAGAGGCACAACGCGCCAGCGACCUGGCUCAGAUUGCCCCAGUCGCCAAAGAGCCUCACAAGCAGCGACAGCCCCAGCAGAAGAAGGAGAAGCCUGUUCAGGCAUACUAUCCCCGAAGCACUGCCGAGCAGAAGAAAGAGUCCGAAAUUCGCUACGAGGAAUCUCUGCCCUGGCAUCUCGAGGAUGCUGACGGCAAGAAUGUCUGGGUCGGUCACUACAUCUCGGCCCUCUCCGAGGCCAAUGUGGCCUUUGUAAUUAGUGGAAACGGAUUCCGCAUGAUUCCCCUUGAGAAGUAUUACCGGUUCACGCCCAAACCCCCGUUUCAGGCGUACACCAUUGAGGAGGCUGAGAAGCUUAUGGACAAGAAGUUCGACCCAGGCCGCUGGGUGAUGCGGGAGAAGGAGAAGGCCAAGGCAGAGGAAGAGUAUGAAGCCACGCGAAUCUUCACCAGCGGCCGUGCUCGCGUCAAGACCGAGAGCAGCACCUACCGGUCAGCGCCGCGGUCCGAGAAGGUGGACCAUGACGACCUCGACUUUGAGGGCGAUGAGUUCCAGGAUGACGAUGAAAACGUCGGUCUGGAGCCCGACAACGAUGAGGACGCCAGGGACGCCCGGGAGCGCAUGCGUCGCAAUCACCUUGGCGCGAAUCUCUUCGGCGAAGGUGAUGAAAAGGAAGUAGAGAAGCAGGAGAUAGAUGAUCUGAUGGCUGAACUGAAGAGGAAGCUCGAUGGCAAGAAGCUGCGCAAAGCGCUUGCUAAACGGGAAGAUGCUCUGGAGUACGAGAGCGACUCGGAUGAGUCCAACCCCUUCGGCGAAUCUUCCUCAAGCGAGGAUGAGGCAGAGAAGGACGAAGAGGAGCAAGGUGAGGAGAAGAAGGACGAAGACUCCAAGGACAAGCUUGAUGUCAAGCUUUCUUCGGGGGCUGCUUCCAAAGGCAAUACCACCCCCUCGGGUAAGCACAGACUAGGAGAUGCGAAGAAGGGCAAGUCCUUGAAGCGACCCGGCUCUCCGAAUCUUUCGGAAUCUAGUGGCAACGAAUCGUCUCGGAAGAAGGUCAAGAAGCACGCCACGGGCUCUGUGCAACCCAGCCGUUCGUCCACGCCUCUUCCCGGCCAGCAGCGGUCUCGGGCCAAGGGAGGGGCCUUGAGCGACGGCGAGGCCACCGCAGGUGAGAUGUCGGACGGCGGUGUGACCAAGAAGAAGAUCAAAAUCAUUGGUACCGGUGCCAGGGGAACACCAGUAGGCUCGAGGGCUGGCAGCCCUGUUCCUUCUCAAGGGGCCGCUUCCGUUUCGCCCACCAAGGGCGGAGCCUCCACGCCGAGAGCUACCUCGCCUCCCCUACCGGUCCAAGCGUCCGAGAUUGUCAACGCGCUGAUUGCGGCCCAGCCGGACGGCAUCCAGAUCGGGAGCCUGCUCAGGCAGUUCGGCAAUCGGGUUGGCGAUGCUCCUGGCCAGAUGCCACGCAAGGACUGGAUCAAGCUGGUCAAAGACAAUGCUGUUCUGGGAGAGGAUAGAAUGCUGCGGCCAAAGCCUGCAGCUCAGUCGCCAUGA